AGCAAUCUAAGCCAAUAGGGAGCUUAUUUCACACAAUUUGAUUUUGCGCAUUCUCUUCUCAGACUCGCUCAGGUUUACUGCCUCUAACUAUAAGUGAAAUGGCUGCCCACAAGAUUGCUCAUGCCACCUUGAAAGGACCAAGUGUUGUCAAGGAGUUAUGCAUUGGAAUUGCACUUGGCUUAGCUGCUGGCGGUCUUUGGAAGAUGCAUCACUGGAAUGAGCAGAGGAAAGUGAGGGCAUUUUAUGACUUGCUUGAGAAAGGUGAAAUUAGUGUUGUUGCUGAAGAAUAAACUUUUCUUUUGGUUUCAUUUUAAUGUGGAUGGCCUGAACAGUACAAUGAUAUUUGUGAUUUCAUUCAGCUCAUAAGCUAAGAUGAGCAUACUUAUUUUUGGUCUUUAACGAAUAAAUUGAUGUAUUGAGAUGUGGAUGACGUUAUUGCUUUUGAAAUUGUCAAGAUUCAUGGUUUUCACUUCCCCACAAGUGUUUUGCCAUGUGGAUUGUAAUUGUUGUGAUACCUGAGAUGUUAUUUUUGUUUUCAAUUCUGUAUAUGCAUGGCUGGAACAAGAAAUGCAACAAGCUUGGUAAUUAUA